AUGAUCGGAAAUUCAACUCUGACCAAUUCAAGCGAGGAUCAUCAGCAACACCAUAAAAAGCUUCCAAAAAUUGCCUCCAUCCCAGACGAUGAUAUUUUCCUCUCUGAUGUGUAUAUGGUUCUUUUCAAGAAUGGUCUCUAUUCAAAUGCAACAGUAACAAUCAACAACAUCACCUAUAGGGUUCAUAAGGAAAUUGUUUCACACACAAGUGGACUCUUUGCAUCUUACUUUUAUUCAGGGUUUGACAUUCAAAGUCACCACAAUAUUGAAGUGAGAGAUUUGGAUGACAAGAUUGCUUCCCCUGAAAUUAUUGACACUGUUUUCAAGAUCUUGUACAAUAGUUAUGCAUCGAUCAAGAAUUCUUCAUCCGAUCACAAUCACCAUUCGACAUCAGAAGAUAACAGCAGUGACAAUAGCAAUGAGAGUAACACUAUUGGUGUCUCUUCUUCAAGUGAAAAUGUCAUCAAUAACUCUUGCCAAUCAUCAUCCAAAGGUUCAUCAACAACAAGCACUCCAAAUACGACUUUUAAAUUGGUCGACCCGAUCAUUCGGGAAAAUCUUCUGGAGCGAUUGAAUAUUCAUUACAUUUUGAGAUUCUUUUGUUUUAACUUUAUUGAUGAAUAUGACAUUCCAUUGAAUGCAUUUAAGGAGAAUUUUAAUGUACUCUUUGAAAGAAUUAGCGGAAUUUAUGAUACUAUCUACAAACAUCGGAAAGGAGACUGGAAAAGUAAUAUACCCACUAGAGACACUUCAGAGUCUGUGGAAUUAUUAAAUCAAUUCCUUACAAUAUUCAGAGAUAAAACUAAGGAUAAAUUAUUGCAAUGGGACACUAAGGUUAUUCUCUACAAUGGUUUGAGAUAUAACAUACAGGAUAAUGAAUUUUGGUUGACCUAUUUAUAUGUGAAUGUGACAGCUCCGUUUUAUGGAUUGAAUGCUUUUAUUUAUCCAAAUGAAGCAAAACAUCAUCAACAUUAUCAUUACCCCAUACGUUUACCGCUUGUCCGUAAAGUGAAGAAAAUACCAAACUUGAAUUUAAAUUGUUUAAGGAACUUGUUGGUCAUUGAUGAACAUUUUCUCUUCUUGGCCAUGCUGAUCGACUUUGAGGGAGAAGUCAUCAAACACUACAAUGAGAUAUUUUGUAAUGACCCCUUGCCGAGCCAAAACCAUCUACAACAAGACUCUAGCAAGAGCAUGAAUGAUUUAAGCCAUGAAGAGAAACUCAAAGCUGCAGAGACAAGUUUUGUGACUCAGUGUCAACUCAUGUUUCCUCACCAAAUUUCUCAUUACAUUCUCUCUCUCUUCUUCACCUCCAAUAUGUUGAAUCAGUCGAAAUUAUUUGCUCCUCCUCAACCCACUUCAUCCACACCUUAA